AUGUCGGACGGCCUUGUCUCGAGCUUGGACCAGGUCGGCCAGGUCGGCCAGACGUUGCGGCGGAGUGGGCGUCUCCUAUCUGCAGCAGCAAGUAGUGUCCAAGUGCAAGAAACAUAUUCAGCAGAUGGACCUCUAGUUAGUCGCGUCUCCAAGCGCAAACGCGUCGAAACUCGCGGAGUUGUGGUUGAGGGAGAAGCAAUCACCGUGAAUGCAACGGCGUUUGACGAAGCCGCGACAUUGGAACUCCCUUCUCCAAAGAAAAAGAGAUCAAAGAAGGCCAAAGCCUCUCCACAAAACGAGGGGGACGAAUUCGUUGAAGGCGCUGCGAAACCCAAGAGAAAGAGGGCGCCCAUACCUGAGCCAGUCUACGUAAUUCCAGACGUCGAGAAGAAGGAAACAACAUUCAAAGGACGGCUAGGUUACGCUUGCCUGAACACCGUGUUGCGAAACAAGAAACCAGCCACAGAUUCUAUUUUUUGUUCUAGAACGUGCCGAUUAGAUUCUCUCAAGAAAAACGGUGCUGAGUGGUUGAAGGACUUCGGAAGAAAGAACGUCGGGGAUCUAAAGGCCAUUAUCCAGUGGAACGAAGACAAUAACAUCAGAUUCUUCCGCCUUUCUUCAGAGAUGUUCCCUUUCGCGUCACACGCAGACCACGGCUAUUCGCUUGAAUACUGCGCCGGCAUCCUGGCGGAAGCUGGGGCCUUGGCACGGAAAUACGGUCAUCGACUGACCGUCCACCCAGGCCAAUACAUACAGCUGGGAAGUCCGAAGCCUGAUGUUGUUGAAGCUGCUUGCCGCGACCUUGCGUACCAUUGCGAGAUGCUGGACCUAAUGGGCAUGGGUCCCGAUAGUGUCAUGAUUAUCCAUGGUGGGGGCGUCUACGACGAUAAAACGGCAACCUUGGAACGUCUGAAACAGUCCAUCCGCGACCUUCCUACAAAUGUGCGGAAUCGACUAGUUCUGGAGAAUGACGAGAUGUGUUACAACGCCGAAGAACUCCUAGAAGUUUGUGAAGAGCUAGACGUUCCUCUGGUCUUUGAUUAUCACCACGACGCCAUCUAUCCGUCUUCGAUCUCACCUCAGGAAAUCAUCAAACGUGCCAACACCAUUUUCGACCGCCGAGGUAUCAAGCCAAAGCAGCAUCUGAGUGAACCACGUCCUGGUGCUGUUACGAUGAUGGAACGGAGAGCCCACGCGGACAGAUGCGAGAAUCUUCCAGACGACCUACCAGAUGAUAUGGGUGCGCCUCCAAACUCUCAAUUUGAUUGA